AUGAGCAGCUGCAGUUCAUGCAGCAGCUCCGAUUCCGUCUGCUGCUUCUCUCCUCCGGUGUCUUCUUUAUCUCAGCUGUUUAGCAGACUGGAUUCAGCUGCUGAGUUCAUGAUGGUCCACAGAGAUUUCCACGCGGCUUUUGACACGUGCAGCAGAGGUUUGGAGUGUCUCGCGAGCACGGACUCAGAAGACAACAGAUGGGGAGAGUUAAAAGCUGCUUUCUGCAUUAUAGGGGUUCAGGCUCUGGCUGAGCUCAAUCAGUGGGGUGAUGUCUUCUCCUGGGUCUUGCAGCAGUAUGAACACCUGGAAAACAUACCUGCUAAAAUAAUACAGAUGUGCAUUCUUCUUCACUCUAAAGUGGGCAAACCUGCUGUGAUGCAGGAAGCGACCAGAGUUUGGUUACACAGCUCAAGCUGCAAAGCGCCUGGUUUCCGCACAGUCGCGGAGCUCUAUCUGCUGCACGUGCUGGUGCCUCUCGAACAUCUAGAGGAGGCACGGGAACUCAUUUCAGGUGAGCUCGGUCUUGCUGUGUUCACAGACGACCAGAGACAAACCGCUCUGGAUGUUGUGGAAGAAAAAGCUCUGCAGAAGGAAGAAUCGUCUUUAAAUCCAGCAGUCACUCCAGACUCAGAGAGUGCAGGACAUGCCUCCCCUCAAGGUGCCAUAAUUCAAAAACUUCAAGCUAUGCUCAGGUUUUUAUACAGAAAAUGCUUAAUGGCAGGCUGUGGCUCAUUCGCUGUCCAGAGAGUUUUUCUAGCAGCUGUUCUCCUCUAUAUGCUGCUCCUCAAAAUGGAUUCAGCUCAUCCAUCUUCAUUCAUGUGGAUUUCCAAACUUCUUGAGCUCAUCAAACAGAUGUGGAGAGCCAUGUUUGCACCGUAUUAUCAAGCUGUCACUUAAAACAAAGGACUGUAAAAGAUGCAGUGUACAGAAAUAGUAUUAGUUGGACUUUUUGAACCACACUCUUUUGAUAUUGCUGGGGUGUUUUGCCAUCAGCAACAAGGUUUAUUACCUGGCUUGUCAACAGAAACGACUAACCAGUUCACCUUUAUAUGAGUGACCAAUCCUUUAUGUUGUAACUUCAGAAAAUGCCAUCUUAUUAUUACACACACAAAAAAAAUAAUCGCAAAUCCUAUUUGAAAAUAGUCAGCAAUAAUAUAAUUACCAUAAGGGUAGCAUG